AUGGAGAGGGACUGUGUGUCAGUUAACAUUAGUCCUGUCUUAAAUGACACAAUGGUGUGUGAAUUGAAUGAUGCUGACGCCCUACAGAAUCCAGGUGAUCUUAAGGUGACACCAGGUUGGACCUAUAGGGGAACGGAGGUUAGAAACACUUUCAUCAGCUAGUCAUGUCUGAUUCAUACGGCUUAAUCCAAAAAGCUACUUAUAGCAAUUAAGGCCCUAAUUAGAUUGGAGCAGGUCGAAAAUGCAAAGGGGGAAACAAGAGAGACAAGACACAGAAAAUUCCUCGCUUUACAAGCCUCUGUGCCCGAUAUUAAUACUUAGUAUUUUGCUUGUAUAAUGCGCUUUAUUUGUUUGGCGGAUUUUUAAGGCAAGGCUUCAUAGUAACUUCGUAACUUCUUCCGUCUGACAACAAACCAAUUAGCUAACCAGGCUGAAGUUGAUAACAGCAAACGCCCUUGACUUUAAAUCUAAGAGUCCCUUACAACGUGUAGAAUUUUUAAUUUGUUUUUGUUUUAUUAAAUUUCAAGGAUUUCUCUUUUCAUUAGAAUAUGUGCUCCAGUAACCCGUGCUUCAACAACGGGGAGUGCCUGAAUGGAUUCACUGAUAAGAAAUAUCUCUGCUUGUGUCCAGACGGUAUUGGUUAUACUGGUGAAAAAUGCAAUAACGGUAAGAGUGAACGGACUAACAGACUUUUUUAUGCGUGAUGAGGAUACCCAGGAAUACCCAGAUCCCGACUGUUAUCUACCAGAUUCCCACAUCUUUCGGAGAUCCAGUGAAAGAAAAUGAAAGAAUAAUUAUUCAAUUGCAUUGAAGGAGGUUUUUACCUUUUGAAAUUUCCCUUAGUCUCUCAUAUUUUGCUUAAUUGUUUUCAAACUUUACAGCGGCGUUCAGUCUCGCUUGCUUGGAGAUUAUAUCGAGAAAUGAGGAGGUGAUUAAUUCUACUCGAAAAGGAUUUACUCGCUAAAGGUUUAUUACUUCCUACCUUAUGGACGUCAAAUCGGAUACUUUUUAUUUGUUUUUGAAUUAAUUUGGUACGCGUGUUAGCGACGACCGGAAAUACGUCUGCGGUCGCAGGCUUACGCGUGUAUAAAUUUCACGGAAAUUCAAGGGCCUUGAUCCCAGAUAAAUUAUAAUUACAUCUCAUUGCCAGAGAUCAAAAAAGUGAUUUACAUGGCAUGUCAUUUAAUCACAGCCGAAAAUAAAUCGCAUGCUCAUCACAAGACCAUUUGCAUACAAUGAAAGUUUACAACACCUGACCAUCGCAGGUUUACUAAAUUAAAAAAUUAAGAUUCUUAUUUUUUCGAUCACUCAGUACGUAGUGUUUACUUGUUCCAAAGUAAUGAACGCUUUCAAGCGAUAGAAUUCGUGGACCGACACGUUUCGGAAAAAGCACUAAAUUUAUUCUUUUUUAAGCUUUCUUCCGGCAAAACAUACGUGGCUUUGAUCACGCAAUGAUUCUUACUCCCAGUUUCCACGGUCUCUGCUAGGAACGCCUGGCACAAUGACCUCCCUUUUUGUCCUAAAUACAACGAAAAACACUUUGCAGAUUAUGAGUCUCGCUGCUCACGCAAACGAGACUAACAAUUUUUAACAUUUUUAAUUUAUUAUGUACACUUACCGUCAUGUCGAUGGGUUAAAUACUGUUCAUAUAACAUUAGUUAUUUUAGCGCCACAUGAAAUCUUAAUUACAAUUAAUGAAACUACUUUUACCGGCCAUUGGUCAGACGAUUGGCUAUAACUUCUGCACUCACCAUGAAUCCCAUGGGUUCCUGAAGCGAGUUGUUCCAACGACGAUUCAGUGAAUUAAGCGUUCUACUGGUACCACGACAACAACCUCGUUUCCAAGGUUCUCUCCUACUCGUCCCUGGUAACGACGUCGCCAUGACAACUCGUAAUGACUUUUCUUUGCAACAUGAGUUAGUAGAGGAGGUUGGUUAAUAAAAAAAAGCCGGUUGAACAAAUAAGUAAACAAUAUGGUGCUGCUGUAUAUGUUGCCAGCGGGAGCAUUGACAGAGCUUUGAAUCUUUUGUAACGGUUCAUACAUUGUAAUUAAAUCAAACUAAAAUAUGGAAAUAUUUUAAAAUGCUUUAUUUGAGGUUGUCCACGGCGUGAAGUCCAAAAAGCGAAUCUUAAUUUUAGAUAAAUAAACAACAACAACAACAACAACAAUGUAUUUAUUUAAAGAAAUAUAAAGUUAAAAUACUUUAUGUCCUGCAAAUAGCUAUAAUGCUAAUCUAGGCAGAACAAGACUUUAAAUAAGAAAAAAGAAAAGAAAUACAAUAACAUACAGAAAGAAACACCUUACAUAUAAAUUUAAGUACAGGGGAUUUUGUUAUUUGAAAAAGACUAAAAUUACAGCUGGAGGUAUAUACAACAUAUCAAGUUAACUUCAUAAAUUAUUCUAUUAAAUAAUUAACAUUCAAAUAAUUAUCUUCAUUACCUAGAACAUUAAGGAGAUAGUGAUUUAAUUUUUUACGAAAAUUAGAUAUGUUGACAGUCUUAAUAGAGACUGGAAUAGAAUUCCAAUUAGACACAGCAAUUCCGGUAAAAAAUGUUUUCAUUUUUUCAGUUCUAGAGAAUUUGACAGAGAAACAUUCUUUUGCAGAUAAUAGCGUAUUAUAAUGAUGUUUUGUAUUGAUUUUCGCAAACUUAUCGAGAAGACACUUAGGAGCUGUCUUGGCAUGAACGUCAUACAUUAAAAAGCUUAACUGCAGGACUUCAUAACGGAAGGCUGCAGUAAACCCAGGAUUGGAAUGCUUCGAGGCACACUUUUCCGUUGAUUACUAGAAUUCAGGUAAUGCACCUAUCAAUGUAAAGCCGGUGGGGGGGGGGGGGGGGGGGGGAUGUGCGGUAACGGAAAACAAGACAUUUAACAAGUAUCAGGCGGCCAGUACAGAACCGUUAUGGUCAAGUAUUCGGAAAUGCGCGGUCUGUGAUCUUUUAUCUUUCUGUAAAGGCUUGGGAAGAAGAAGAUGAACCCAAAGCUGACGGGGGGGGGGGGGGGUGGGGGUGGGGCGGGGCAUGGGGUGGGGAUUUGAUUGUCUUUGUUGGCCCUGGGGUAAGGCAUUUGACCAAUCUUGUUCUCACGGGGAGGGGAUAUUUGAAUCUUUCUUUGCCCGACGUGGGACUGACGUGGGGAUGGAUUUGACUGCCGACUCGGACGAAAGAGACUGAGACCGAACAUAUGUUUCCCCACUUCCACGUUUCACGCACGCGACGUAUGGUCUGGAAAUUAAGAUCUGGAAAUCAAGGAAGCCAACGAGAGCAAGCCAAAGGCCAGUGGAUUUUACUGUAUUGAUCAAUUGAACCUUUUAAGAUACUGUGGUAUCAAAGUAAACGGAAGUAAAGAGAAACCAAGUCGAUUUUUGCAAGUACAAUUGAUCAGUGUAUGGCUGACAUUCGCUACAAUCACCGUAUAAAGCUUAUAAAACUGACUUUCUUUGUACCCUUUACCAAGAAUGGUAUAUUCAAACUUACAAAAUGUGGACUUUCUCCUAAAGAUUUCUGUAUUCUAUGCACUGUAUUAAAACACGGAUUGAAUGGUUAAAACGUAUAAUUGAAGCUUUAACAGGAACAUGUAUCUUUGGUGAUGCAGUAACGUUUAUAAAUAAAGGUUGCAGAGUUUUAUUUGGAGAUAUUUUUAUUUUGCCUUUGUUGGGUCCAGCCUUGGAAUGGACAGCAAUGUGCAGCCCGGGGUGGGGAAAUUUGAUUGCAAUUGACUGGAAUUAUUUGCCCGUGGGCAGGGAAUUUGACGGCAAAUUUUUGAAAAAUUCCAAAUCCCCACCCCAUGCCCUGCCUCACCCCCCGCACCCCCCGCCGGCUUAACAUUGAUAGGUGCAUAAGCCACUAUAUCGCUGUAAUCUAAGUUUUGUUGUAUUAGCCUGUUUUUUUGCAUGCAUGUUGUUGUUUCGCAUUUAGACAUCAACGAAUGCGAGGACGGGAGUCAUAACUGUGAUAAGAAUGCAAACUGUACAAACACCGUUGGCUCCUUCAUCUGUACGUGCAAUCCGGGAUUUCAGGGAAACGGACAGUCAUGUACAGGUAUAAACUAUCAGAGCUUAUGAGUAUCAAUCGCAAAUAACCAAAUUAAAACAUUGUUACUUGAGGAUAUUUACUAAAAUUAAAUUUACGAUAAACACAUUUCCUCAAAUGGAAAGUUUAACGAGGCAGAACGAGAUUCGGCCUUUUCCUUCGUCUUAAGGGAGUGUGCGUACACUAUUGAAAUGCGAUCUAAACUGUAUUUUAGUUUUAUUUUCUGCGUCGAAACGAAGACGACCUAAUACUGAGCUUUUUGCUCUUUUUUUAUUUUUAAUUUAUUUUUGAAAAGCGAGAUUAACAAAGCAAGAGGACACACGACAACAUGCUUUUGUUGUGCAAGGUUUUUUGAAAGCGCACUUAAAUGCUCUCAAGUGGAAAGUUUUUAUACUGAAUUUAAUCAUCAAUCUGGUCCAGGCGAUUCCACCAAGGGCACUGGCAACUAAAAUGUAUCUCUAAGUAUGACUUGUCGACGCUGGCUAGUGUGGGGGCGGUAUGGAAAACGUUAAAUUGGGAAAUGUAAAUAUUGUACGAAUAUUAAUGUGAACAACAUACGACAUUAAGAUGCUAUAAUUUUUGCGAAAGAAAGGUUUUAGAUGGGCCGUGAUCAGUGCCUUAGAACUCAGCCCGUAACUGUAUCAGGUAAUGCUGUAUUAUUUUUUUUGCGCAGAUUAUGAUGAAUGCAGUAACGAAAGUCAUAACUGCCAUGAGAAUGCAACAUGUAUUAAUGCCGCUGGAUACUUUGAAUGCAUAUGUAACCCAGGGUUUACUGGAGAUGGGCGUAUCUGUGCAGGUAAAAUUGCCUUUUUUCUCAUUUUUAUGUUGCUGUUGUUCUUGGUUCUUCUUUGUUUGUUACUUCGUUUUGUUUUGUUUAAAGAAGGAGACUAAAUUCCAUUUACUCCAGUUUUAGAAUGUACUUAAGUUUUUUUUUUCUCAUCUUCAGAGAAUAAUAGCAUAUUUAAGAACCUAAAUAUUAUAUAUACAAAGUUUGAACCUGUUUAGGCCGUACAUGUACAAUGCAUCAACUCUUUGCCGGCCCAGUCCCAACUCUCUCUCUCUCUCUCUCUCUCUCUCCCUCUCCCUCCCCUUCUGCCUCCCUCUCCCCCUCCCCCCUGCCCCCUCUUUUUUUAAGUGGUCUCUCCUGCUACAGUUAAACGACUUUUUAAACCUUUUUUGAAAUAAUUGUAGGCUGAGUUACCACUUUUCUUCUGUGUUUUUCCAUUUUUAUCAAGGUUGUGGCAUCAAUCUGCGCCACUUUGAACAAUAUCAAGAUUUGCCGACCAAAGGGGGUCGCGAUGUUCAAAACUUCACCAUCAACGGAAGUCUGUUUCUUGCCUUCGCGAACCAUUAUGACGACGUUGAACAAUGGCGCACAAAUUCUUUUAUCUACAAAAUGAAUCCUUCGACGGAACAGUUCGUUCUUUACCAAACCAUAAACAGUGUUGGUCCCUAUGACAUCGAGUAUUUCAAUAUUGGUAAUACACAUUAUUUAGCUAUUGCUAGCCACCAUGAUGGUAUCACCUACCGCUUGAAUUCGGGUAUUUUCCAGUGGAAUGGAAACCAGUUUGUCCUUUUCCAAAGUAUUGCAACAAGCGGGGCAGGAUCAUUUACGUCUUUUAAGAUUUUGGAAGAAUCGUUUCUCGCCGUUUCGAAUUUUUAUAACGAUACUUCACACUUUAUCAGCUCAAUUGUUUACAAGUGGAACACUAACAAGUUUGUAAAAUACCAGGAGAUACAGACCGAAGGGGCUUUAUCGGGUGAAGCAUUUGAAAUAAACAACGAAACAUUCUUUGUCUUUGAGAAUUACGCCAACUCUAAGAACGGUCAGUUCGUCAAUUCUACCGUCUAUAAAUGGUCUGGUAGGUACUUCACCAAAUUCCAGUCACUAGAGUCUACUGGAGCAAGGUAUGUGAAAUCCUUUAACAGUAAUGGCCACUCCUUCCUAGCUUUCGCUAAUCACUUCAACGGCACUACUUACAACAUCGAAUCUUUCAUAUACAAGUGGAAUGGAAGCAAGUUUGUACUGUUUCAAUCCAUUCCUACCCGUGGAGCCUCUGCUUUGUAUCCAUUUGUUGUGUGUGGUCAAAUGUUCCUUACUGUUGUCAAUUUCUACGAUCAACAGAAGAUUGUUCAGCGGUUCAGCACUACAUCAGAUGUGUACCAGUUCACUGGGGGACACUUUAUCAAAUAUCGAGAGAUUCCCACCCUAGCGGCCACUGCUGUAACAGCAUUCGAGUUCAAAAAUCAAGUUUAUAUUGCUAUUGUAAGUUAUUAUAGCGAAAUUGACAACAAAUACAGAAUAAACAGCAAGUUGUUCAAGUGGAUCUAA